CUACACAUCUGUUCGAUACAUUUCACAUAAAUAUGAAAUAUACUGCUGUUUGUUUUCUCUUUUUAUGCUCGAGUUUAAUAAUUUUUUCCACGUCAUCGUUUAUCGAGUCGAGGCUGCUCGAUGUUGAUCCGGACGCAAACAGAAAUGUGACCGAAAUAAUAAUCAGCAGAGGCUAUCCAGUGGAAGAAUAUACGGUCCAAACGAAGGAUGGCUACCUUUUGAAACUAUUUAGAAUUCCCUAUGGCCGAAUAAGUCAAGAGCAAAACACCAAAAAUCGGACAGUGGUCUUCCUGCAACACGGCCUUCUGGGAUCUGCCAUUGACUGGGUGAUCAAUUACCCUCACCAGAGCCUUGGUUAUAUCUUGGCUGACGAAGGUUACGACGUCUGGAUGGGAAAUCAAAGAGGUAACACUUACGCCCGAAAGCAUAUCAAAUAUUCGACCGAAGAAGACAAAUUUUGGAAUUUCAGUAUUGACGAACAUGCCAUGUAUGAUACACCGGAUAGUAUAGACUUUGUCCUAAACAUAACAGGACAAAGUCAAUUAUAUUAUGUGGGAUUUUCGCAAGGUAACCUGAUAGUCUAUGCAUUUCUCUCCGAGAAUCCCGAGUAUAACAAAAUCAAAGUAGUACUUUCUCUAGCUCCAGUCGCACUGGUCGGUCAUAUUAAGAGUCCUAUUCGUCUAUUAGCUCCUUUUACCAGUGAAGUUCAAUUUUUAUAUUCCGUUCUAGGACCCAGAGAAUUUUUACCAAACGAUUUCAUUACGGAAUUAUUUGCUCAAACUGCCUGUAAUGUUGAUGUUGUUAGGUCGAUAUGCUCCAAUAUCUAUUUCCUAAUAAGCGGAUAUGAUCUUUGCCAAUUAAAUGAGUCUCGCCUGGAUGUCUACUUUUCUCAUUUUCCUGCAGGAACAUCUACUAAAAACAUAAUUCAUUACGGACAGAUGGUAAAUUCGAAAGAACUGCAAAAAUUCGAUUAUGGACCGUUAGGGAACCUAGAAAAAUACAAACAGGUUCAGCCCCCAAUGUAUGAUAUUCCAAAAAUUAAAAUCCCAAUCGGACUUUUUUCGGGUUUAAACGACUUUCUGGCAGAUCCUGAAGACGUGGAUAUAUUUCGAAAUCGCAUCUCGAAUUUGAUAGCCGAUUAUCAAGUCUGCCUGAAAGAAUGGGGCCAUCUAGAUUUUGUGUUUGCGAAAGAAACAAAGAAAUAUGUCUAUGACGAAUUACUUCGAGAAUUGAAAAAAAUCCACAAAAUAGAUGAAGCUGCAUUCUCACCUACACAUCUGUUUGAUAAAUUACGCAUAAAUAUGAAAUAUUCUGCUGUUUGUUUUCUCUUUUCGUGCUCGAGUUUAAUAAUUUGUUCCACGUCAUCGUUUAUCGAGUCGAGGCUGAUCGAGGUUGAUCAGGACGCAAACAGAAAUGUGACCGAAAUAAUAAUCAGCAGAGGCUAUCCAGUGGAAGAAUAUACGGUCCAAACGAAGGAUGGCUACCUUUUGAAACUAUUUAGAAUUCCAUAUGGCCGAAAAAGUCAAGUACAAAACACCAAAAAUCGUCCAGUAGUGUUCCUGCAACACGGCGUCCUGGAAUCUGCCACCGACUGGGUGAUCAACUUCCCUAACCAGAGCCUUGGUUAUAUCUUGGCUGACGAAGGUUACGAUGUAUGGAUGGGAAAUCAGAGAGGUAACACUUACGCCCGAAAGCAUAUCAAAUAUUCGACCGAAGAAGACAAAUUUUGGGAUUUCAGUAUUGACGAACAUGCCAAGUAUGAUACACCGGAUAGUAUUGACUUUGUCCUGAACAAAACAGGUCAAAGUCAAUUAUAUUAUGUGGGAUUUUCGCAAGGUAACCUGAUACUCUAUGCAUUUCUCUCCGAGAAUCCCGAGUACAACAAGAUCAAAGCAGUACUUUCUCUAGCUCCAACGGCAUGGUUCGGUCAUAUUAAGACCCCUAUUCGUCUAUUAGCUCCUUUUACUAGUGAAGCUCAAUUUUUAUUUUCCGUUCUGGGACACAAGGAAUUUUUACCAAACGAUUUUAUUACGGAAUUAUUUGCUCAAACUGCCUGUAAUGUUGAUGUUGUAAGAUCGAUAUGCUCCAAUAUCUAUUUCCUAAUAAGCGGAUAUGACUUUUCUCAAUUAAAUGAGUCUCGCCUGGAUGUCUACUUUUCUCAUUUUCCUGCGGGAACAUCUACUAAAAACAUAAUUCAUUACGGACAGCUGAUAAAUUCGGAAAAAUUUCGAAUGUUCGAUUAUGGGCUAUUUGGAAAUUUAAGGAAAUACAAACAAUUUCAGCCCCCAAACUAUGACUGUAACAAAAUUAAAACACCGAUCGCAAUUUUUUGGAGUUUGAACGACCUUGUGGCAGAUCCUAAAGAUGUGGAUAUACUUCGAAAUUGCCUCCCGAAUUUGAUAGCCGAUUAUCAAGUACCUCUAAAAGAAUGGGGCCAUCUAGAUUUCGUGUUUGCGAAAGAAACAAAAAAAUAUGUUUAUGACGAAUUACUGCGAAUAUUGAAAAGUAUUUAGAAAUUUCUUCUGUAUAUAAAUAAUGCACUUGUCAGUUUUGCUCUAAUUCAAUGCAUGUUUAACCAGUACUAAAUAUUUUGUGUUGGUAUAAAAUAUUAACAUUAUAUAAUUUGGAUAUAAGUAAAAUUUUACGGUUCCGGUUUCGGUAAAAUUCCGGUAACUUUUACCUGCGUGUUAUAGAUCACAAUGACUGAGUGUUUAGUGUAUUGGACUU